AUGCUAAACGCGAGUAGCGUGCCAUCACCGAUGGCGGACGUCCGCAUCACGAUGGAAGUGGACGAGAUCGUCAUGAAUCUCACCGAAACCGAGUUGGUGAUGGAGUCGAUCGGAAACUUUCUAAACUUCUACUACACGCCGCUGCUGGUGGUGUUCGGUAGCAUCGGCAACAUCCUGUCCGUGCUGGCGUUCUUCAACACGAAACUAAAGAAAUUGUCCUCGUCGUAUUAUUUGGCCGCACUCGGCAUCAGUGACACGUGCUAUCUAGUUGGGUUGUUCGUCACCUGGCUGAGCUUCUUCCAGGUGCACAUCUACACCCGCGAACCGUACUGCCAGCUGUUCACGUACACCAGCGGCGUCAGCAGCUUCCUGUCCGUCUGGUACGUGGUGGCCUUCACGUUCGAGCGGUUCAUCGUCGUGCGGUAUCCGCUGAAACGGCAGAGCUGGUGUACCGUUCGGCGGGCCAAAACCAUCAUCGCGUGCCUCACGAUGGUCGGUAGCGUGCACAGUGUGCCGUACAUCUUCUACGCCGGCACGCAGUAUUCCGAACGCAACAACGGCACCAUCUGCGACAUGCGCACGGAGUACAAGUCGCAAAUGGAAAUUUUCAAUUACAUCGACACCGUGAUCGUGUUUGUCGUACCGUUCACCAUCAUCGUCGUGCUGAACUCCAUCACCAGCUUUACCGUGUGGCGGUUUGCAGGUUUGCGCCGAAAUAUGACACUCCCGAAGAGGAAACCAUCGAAUGUGGAGAUCCGGCGGCAGCUAAGUUUCCAGUACUUUUCGACCCAUCCGAACGGUCGCAACGGUAUCCUGAGACGAGCUAGCAUGAGGGAGAACCGAAUGCUGCACUCCCAGAUGAAGGUCACCAAGAUGCUGCUCAUCGUGUCGUCGGUGUUCGUGUGUCUCAACCUACCCAGCUACGUCAUGCGUGUCCGCGCGUUCGUGGAGACGGGCCAUUCGUAUCUAACCAUCCUGGUGCAGUACUACUGCUACCUGUUCUUCAUCACCAACUUCGGGAUCAACUUUAUCUUGUACUGCAUAAGUGGACAAAACUUUAGGAAAGCUGUGAUAGAAAUGUUCCGCCGGCGGAGACGGAGUCGGGUCAACCAGGAACCGAACAGCGGCUGCGGUACUCAAUCAGAACUUAUGCGAGCGUACGGCAAUCUAGCGCUGAGGCGCCCGAGCACCCCAAUGCUUUCGACGACCACAACCACCACGACGAACCGCACCGCGGAAACAAUGCUGUGGAAGGAUUACGUAGACCCGCCGGUUAUGAAUCUGCCCUGAAGCGAUCUGCUGCAUAACGGCUAACCGGUGUCAGCCGCAGUUACACACGCAGGACGAAGGAUUCGCCGCCAACGUGCUAGACACCUGCUGACUGAAGACGGAACAUCCUUUUCUCGCAAGCUGUUGCGUUAGGAUUUCUCGGUACCGUGCGGUGAAGGUGAAGGAUUCCACGGUGGGCGGGAGCAUUUUGUGAAUCAUUAAACAAUUAAUCAUUUGCGGCGCGUUUCGAUUGUGCGAAAAUAUACGGCGUGAAUAUUCCAGCGGUGGUACAUAAUUG